AUGCAAAAGUGUUCAUCUACAUCGUCAGACGCCCCGCUCUUGGAUUGCAUAGAGCGAGCUCUACGAAUGUACUUUUCGAGUAAAUUGUCAGUUCAGGACGCUGAAGACCCUGUCCAAUUCCGAACUCAAAUGCUGCAUCACGACGAUGAAAAUGGAAAUGAAAGGGCUGACGAAGGGGACGAUGGCAGAUCUCUUACGGUCCAUCAAGUUUUUGUCGGGAUGUUGGACGCAAUGUACGUGACUCAAUUGGCGGUGAUCCUCAAAGUGUGGAACGAGACUAGCGUAAACCCGCUUCUGGCGUUGGCUACAACCACGGAGGCAGCAGAAUCUCCGAUGCUGACAAUGAAGGCGUGA